AUGAAUGAAAUCAUUCGCCUCUUUCUUGAUGCUGGUGCCGGUGGACAGUUUUUAAACAAACGUGAUUGUUUCGGCUCUACUUCGUUGCAUAGCGCUGCACGCAAUUUAUUCAUCCUUUAUGACGGUGAUGAAAAUAAUCGUUCGUCUUACGAACAGUUUUUUGUUCAGCUUUUGUCAAAUGGGGCGGAUCCAAAUGCGUCCGAUCAUGUCGGACGGACACCAUUGCAUUUUGUGGUAAUGAACUCAAAAAAUGCUUGCUUACUUAAACUAUUUCAAAGAUUUGGUGCUGAUAUGAAUGCUAAAAAUAACAUGUUACAGACACCUCUGUAUGAAUAUUGUGUUCGAUUGUCAAAUACACAGGAGGAACUCGAUUCUGGUGAAACAUUGUCAUUUAUACAGAACUUGGUAGAAUUCGGUUGCGAUAUUAAUUCUCAAGCAAUUGACCAAACAACAGUCCUCAUGUUCGCCUCUGCCAAAUUAAGUUCUUCUAUUUGUGAACUCUUGAUUCAACUCUGCGCUGAUGUACACGCUACAGAUUAUCUAAAGAGAACAGCACUUCACUUAGCCGCUAGAAAUAUGGCAAAUGGCCGGUCGAUCGCACAAGUAUUGAUUAAGAAUGGGACAAAUGUGGAAAGUCAGGAUAACUAUGGAUAUACGGCAGCUCACUAUGCCUGCAUGUUUAACAACCAAGAUGUCUUAGAAGUGCUUCUUGAACAUGCAACUAAUCUUGAAGCAAAAGGAAAUUCCUUGAUCACACCAAUACAUUUCGCCGCUGAGUGCGGAGAUAAACGAAUGAUUGAAUUUCUUGUUUCGCUACCGACCGAAAGAGCAAACUUCAACGUCAGGGACGAAUGGCAAGCGACGCCACUUCAUUUUGCAGCUUGCGAUGGGAUGAUUGAGACUAUAGAAGUGCUGGUGAAGGCUGAUAUUUGCGACAAGUCUUUAUAUGAUCACAAAGGACGGUUACCUGCUUGGCAUGCUGAACUCAUGGAUAGAAUGCAAGCACUGCAAUUGUUAAAAGUGAACGGCGGUGAAAUCGAGUUUUCUUGGCGUGAUCAACUGCCACAUUCGGUUAUCGACAAUAAUUUUGUGGAUGAAAUGGAAAAACACUAUUCAAGCGUCUUCAAAACAUUAGCUGUUCUUGGAGAUGCCGACCAAAUCAGUACAAUCAUUCGUCAUACACCAGGUUUAGGGCAUGUUGCAUCAGAUGGAUCAGAAGAUGAAAGUCAAGAAAUUCUAUUGGCUAUUGAAAACUAUGUCUCCAUAAUGCUUCAACGAAUUAGUCAAUUGGAUCAUCGAUUUCAGUCAAAGAUUAUUCUUACCGGCAGUUCAUAUGAAAGCGUUAAAGUCGGCUAUCCCAAUGAAUUUGAUCUUAUGUGUUCGCUAAGUAACUUCAGUCCAUUGGUCGACGAGUUAGAACAAUGUAACGAGCAAGGGUUUGUUCGCAUAAAAACGAAAUCAGACGAGGGCAUUUUCAAUGAAUUCAUCGAUCAGGAAUCGAGAUGUUUGUUGUCGUCUCGCAUUUUACGCUUGUUUCAUCAGCUGAUCAUUCGUGCUACAUUCGAUAUUGCCAAACUAAUUGAUCCGAGGCUAACAAUGGGCUUAACUCUCUCGGAUGAACUUGAAAGUUCAUUUGACUCAACCUUUUUCAUGUCGCAUUUGCCUACUAACCAUCUGACUUGGCGAAGUUCUGACUAUAAAUUUCUAACUAUCUCAGUCGAUAUUACGCCUACAAUUUACGUUACGCAAGCUUAUCCUGCUAAUGCUCGAAGUAAUUGUUUUAUACUUGGGCAAGAUCUAGACUUGAAGAGCCGUGGCGUUUAUUUGAUACCAAAACAGAGUAAACAGGUGCCGAGGUCAACGAUUCCAUUUGACUUGACACAUGGGCACAAAAACGACACAGUUUGGCGUCUGUCGUUCUCGCACAUUGAGCGUGAAAUCAUGUCACACAUACCUGAUCAGUUGAAACAUGGCUAUUGUCUUGCCAAAUCAUUUCGUUUAGCGCAUCUUUCUUGUCAACUGUCGCUUCGAAACAAGAUUACUGUUCUCGAUCCAGCAGAUCGUCAAAGACAUUUGGCAAAGCAGGAAGAAGCUGGCUCUUGGCAUGCGAGUAGUCGUCGAACUCGACGGGUAGGAUGUUGUUCUAUUCGAACAACAUCCACAACAGCAGAUUUUUCUGUGUUUUCCUCAGUAGAUGUUUCAGACGAUGCAUUCAUGGAUGGAUUUGAAUCUCUGAUUUAUGAUGGAACAAACGCCAUCCACAGUUACCAUUUGAAGAAUAUAUUUUUAAAACUUAUGUCAUCUCAUUGCCGUAGUCCUGAUGAUUUGUUAUCUCCUCCUAAGAUGGCUUUGUUACUCUACAAGCAACUUUUAGAAUGUGAUAAACAAGGCCAGAUUAAUUCUUAUUUUCUCCCGGAACAAAAUCUUUAUUAUUAUUCAUUUUAUUCAGACGACUCUGUCAAAUAUAUGAAUAUGACUAAAACCUAUUGCGAACGCAUCCUUGAUACAAUGAAAAAACUUGGUUUUUAA